AUGGAAUCAAAGAAGAGCGAAGGAGAGAGUUCGAGGUCGAGAAUUUCAGCACUGGUUGUGGACGACGACGCUAUCAUUCGGAAAAUCCACAAGGCGAUGUUGCAGCAGGUAUUCAACAUGGACGCAAAAUCUGUCAAGGAUGGAAAGGAAGCAGUGGAUCUGCAUCGUUGUGGCGCAAAUUUUGACAUAAUUUUCAUGGACAAAGAAAUGCCAAUCAUGGAUGGUCAUGAGGCCACAAAAGAGCUACGUGGUAUGGGUGUGAAGAGCAUGAUUGUGGGAAUCACUACGCGUGCUGAUGAGAAAGAUAGAGAAGAGUUUCUAGCUGCAGGAUCCAACCAUUGCUUUGAAAAGCCUCUGAAUCGUGCCAAGGUUGAACAAGUCUUGCACGACCAUCCAAAUUUUCCAUUUUGA